GCUUUCACCUCUGCAGAUUGCCAGCUUUUCAAAAGAGGAGACGUCAACUGCUUCAUGCCUUCUCAUCCAAGGUUGACAAGAGGUCCCUUCAGAACGCUGGAUUCUGCCUCUGAGGGGCGGGCACCGUUAUGUAGAAGGCUUAAAUAGGGAUUCCUACACGACGGCCACACCAUGUACCUGUAGCUACCAAACGCUUAGCACCAGCAAGAGAGCAGAGGAUGAAGGGGCUCCACCGAGGGACAGCCACAGCUCUGGCCUUGUUGCUCUCAGCUUCUUUCGUCUCUUUCUCCUGGAGCGCUCCUCAGGGUCACUUCCAAAGAAGAAACUGGACUCCCCAGGCCAUGCUGUAUUUAAAAGGCGCACAGGGUCGUCGGUUCAUCUCAGAGGAGAGCCAAAGGAAGGAUCUGUAUGAUAGGUUGCAGCUAGAAACCCGCAGCACAAACACAAACCCUUUAACCCUUCCUGAAGCGGCAGCCUUAUUUCUUUCCUCUCUCCGGAAAGCACAAGAAGAUGGAGACGACACCAAUGAGAAUCCUGGAUACAUCGGGGAUGGCCUAGUAAACUGGUGAAAAGCUGUCAGCGUUGGAUAGAAACGACCCUACAUUAGAUGUACUUGAACAUAUUUUCUUGUCUAUCUAAGAGAAAAACUCAACGAUUCCCAUUUAUCGGCUCAGUCCUUGCACCUCGGCUGCCCCGUUGUGUCUUCUUACCACAACAUACCUGGCAAUUUGAAUGCACUAUGUUAAUGAAUUGCUGCCGUUAGCUUCCAAAGUUAUUUUGCAUACACUUAACUACAGCACUAAACUCACGUCCAUCACAGACAUUUAUGUUCUCUUUGGCUUUGCAAACCUACUGAGGUAAACGACAAAACUUCCCAACCACUGUGCAUGCAUUGGUAGGUAACAGAUCUGGAGGAGUCAGCUGCAAAGUUAGUCUGUUCCUGCAAAAUAGUAAAGAGGCUUGGCUUGGAGAAGUGAUUUAAAAAGAGAAAUGGCUUCUCCAAGCUGGCCGACGGGGUGGUGGGGACUUCGAGAGCCACACAAUAUGAGUGAAAGAGCCACAUGUGGCUCCCGAGUCACAGUUUGGCCACCCCUGCUCUUUACUAUUUUAGUAAGUUCCCAAAGUUUUGAUCUCUGAUAAUAUGAAGCCCAAAGAAACUGCUGCAACAAAAUUAGGCCCAAUCUCCAGUUAGUCUUUUUCCCUCCAAUACUAGGAAGUUUUGGGUGGCUGGGGGCAUAUUUCAGCUACAAACAUACAGCUAUUUUUAAAGCAUAAGUUUAGCUGUUAUCAAGGCUUUUUUGUAGCAGGAACUCCUUUGCAUAUUAGGCCACACCCCCUGAGGUAGCCAAUCCUCCUGGAGCUUACAGUACGCCCUGUAUUAAGAGCCCUGUAAGCUCUUGGCUGCAUCAGGGGUGUGUGGCCUAAUAUGCAAAGGAGUUCCUGGUACAAAAAAGCCCUGGCUGUUACGGUUAAUCCCAAAGAAUCUUGGGAACUGUAGCUGAAUGGGGGUACUGAGAAUUCACUGCUAGAGAUCCCUGUUGUAGAAUUAUAGUUCUCAGAGUGUCCCGAGGUGAACGAAUCCCCUCAGCAACUCUAAAGGCCUGUUUUUACGUGUAUUUGUAACAGAGAUCCGACGUCAUUCUUUCUUGAAAGACAAAAGUGCUGGAAGUGAGCUGCUUAAUUCUUUCUCCACCUUUCCUACGCCCUAGACUCGGUUCUCCUUGUAAUGAUGUUCCCUUUGUGAGAAGCUAGUGGUUUUUCCACAUUUUCAUUUUCUGCACCUCUGUGUUUCCAUUGCUCAGGUUUUUUCUCCUGUUCUGCAUAUGUUUUGCUCCCUCUAGUGGCCACUUCAUUAUUACAUCGCGGUAUAUCUGGUGUAUCUUGCAGAUUUAAACUACAGGUUUUUAAUGCAGGAUAGAAAGUGACGUAAAAUUGAAUCCACUACUAGCGGAAGCAAAAGAGAUAAUAACUAAGCAGAAUUGUAUCUGUUCAGUAAACUGUUCAUUAAAAAUGAUAUUUUACAUAAAA